ACCGGCAAGAUGAAGGUGAAAUGGACCCAGCUGGGUUUGGUGUUCUUCCUCGUUCUGUCGCUGGUUAUGACGGGAUGCUUCUUCUGGCAAUAUCAGCUGCCAAAACUUUUGCCAGAUGAAGGGAUGGGUCGCAACGCCAAAUUAGAAAUGAUGUGUCCUCGCUUCCCCGAGCCUCUGCAGCUGGAACAUCCCAUCCCGGGUCUGAAAGAGGCCCUGGAGAAGGUGGACGCCGUGCUCCGGCAGAGCGUCGACCCCGUCGGCCUUCCCUCUCUGUCGGCCAUCGUGAUCUUAAACGACACCGUUUUGUGGACCGGCAACUUUGGGAAAAGGAACGGCAGUGACCCUCUCUCAGGACCCCCCAACGAGUACACCAUCUACAGAAUUGCCAGCCUAUCAAAAAUCUUCCCGACCUUGAUGCUGUACAAGCUGUGGGAGGACGGGAAGAUCGGCUCCCUGGACGACCCUCUGGAGAAAUAUCUGGAGAACUUCACCAUUAAAAACCCUCUGGGGAAGACGCGCGACUCUGAGCUGAAAUACGUGACGGACGGCCUGAUUUUUCUGGACAGCGGGGAGGUCCAGAUCCGCUCCUCCUCAGUCACCCUGCGCAGGAUGGCCAGCCAGCUCUCAGGCCUACCCAGGAGACUCCGCGCCACAAGUCUGCUCUGGAAAGGAAAAACACAAACGGCAAUCAAUCUGCUGCAAGACGACGUCCUUGUUGCGGACCCGGGCACCAAAUGUCACUACAGCAACCUCGCCUUCUCGCUGCUCGCUCACGUGAUGGCCGAGCGAGUGGCCGCCGUCGACUACCAGCGGUGGAUCACAGACAACAUCCUGGACCGGCUGGGGAUGGAGGACACCGGCUUCGACAUCACACCGGGGCUCCAGGGCCAGAUGGCCGUGGGCGUGUACUCCAACGGAAAGCCGGCCCCGCUCUACGACCUGGGCUGGUACCGGCCUUCGGGUCAGAUGUUCUCCACGGCCGCAGACUUGGCCAAGCUCUCCAUGAUGCUGUUGGGCGCUUAUCACCGCAAGAUGCUGGAGCCAGACUCGCUGAAGAUCAUGCUGACCCCGCUCUUCAGGUGCGACAAGGACUACUUUGCCAACCGCACUGGGACACCGUGGGAGGUGAACGAGCUCAUGGGCUACGAGAUGGUGCGAAAAGAUGGCGAUCUGGACGGCUACUCUGCCACGUUUUCCCUUAUACCCAAAAUGAAGCUCGGUCUAGUGGUGCUUAUGGCUGGCAGCCGGUCUCAGAACCAGGACUUGGUCACCCAGGCCUACAGCCACAUCAUACCAGCCAUAGAAAAAGCCUUUAGGGAGGGCAAGAAGGUCCUCUAUCCUCCACCAAACCCAGAAACCUACAUCGGCUUUUUCACCUACAGCAACAUCACCUUCUACGAGAUAAAAGUCGGGUCCGACGGAGUUCUCAUCAUGCAACAGUUCGGGCCUCAGAUUGAGGAGCUGAUCCCGGAGAAGUACAGGACAAUAAAGCUCAACUACCUGGUUGACCGGGUAUUCAGGGUGGUUUUUGAAAAAGAGUACCCUUGUGUUCUGCGAGUCGGGACGGCCUCAGUGUCCCUGGAAGCCCAAGAUGGCCAAUUGUUUAAUUUCUACACGUUUGACAAGCGCGGUUUGUCCCCUGGUUUCGACGCACCGGGACUGAACACGUACAAUGUGGUCAGAAUUGCCCGCAAGCCGGCCUUCUCCAGCUGA